CCUUUGCUUUACCCACUGGCCGACCCAAGAUUAUGCCAUGCCCAACUACAAUUAAUUAAACUCCGCUGGCUGGCUGGUCAGCUUCGAGCUUCACAAUGGCAUCAAACACUACCCAAGACACGGUUCCAGGCACCCCUCAGGACAGCACAGAUGGCGAGCCCUCGUUACUGGACCUCAGCUUCUUAACUGAGGAGGAGAGAGAGAAGAUUGGAAGUGUUCUGCAAGCCGACCAAGCGCUCAGGACUAGAGAUAGAAUAAGGCUAGGUACCUUACGUCAAACUAUCCAGCAAAACCGUACCCACCAGAAAGAGGUUGCCUCGACUCCUCCUCCAAGGUGCAGCUGUUGUGAGAGGCGGUUUGGCCGCAUAUUCAACACCGGAGCCAACUGCCCCCAGUGCAGCUACAGAGUGUGUAAACGCUGUAGGAAAGUGCCCUAUACCAGACCUCCGAGCUUCGUCUGUGACGUCUGUUCAAAGCAGAAGUUGCUGGAACUGCAAUCAAAAGAGUACAAUGUGCUACCCAGCUCUCAAACUGUAACCCCCCGUUCGUCGCAAAAUAACUCUCCAGCUCCCGUGAGAUCAGCGACCAAUCAGAAUGAAGGAGAAGUCCUUUCUUCACUAUAUGGCUCUGAGCUUGUAAUAAAAUCUCUGCAAGCAGCUAGUCACAGAUCUCGGUCGGGCUCUCCUAUCCCUAUUCCCGUGACGCACUCACAACCCACCAUUGCAAGCCCCUCGAGCGUGACCUCGUCCAUCGUGGUUCGUUACGAACGUCGUAGCAGCCCUGAGGGCUCUCCAUCACCCGCCACUCCUUGUGACACCUUUAAAUUGACUGAGGCACGUCGUGUCUUAGCCAACGAGCUACUGGACAGCGAUGAAGAUGAGGAAGAGAAACAUUCUGAGCCGAAGCAGCCAGUCGUCAGUACCCCAGCAAUGGACUAUCUGAAACGCUCUGACAGCAUGGGGAGUAUUGGCAGUAUGACUAGCAUGUACAGUGCUGCUGGUGGCAAGGGCGACUAUGAUAUCACUGGAGAGGUGAAGAUUGCUGUGUGGUUUAAAGAUGGACAGCUGUUUGUGAAGGUUGUCAAGGCGCAGGGACUGGCGGCUGCUAAGAAGGGAUUGACCUCUGACCCGUACGUGAAAACAUACCUACUUCCUGAUAAGACUAAGCAAACUAAAAGGAAAACUGCUAUUCAGAGGAAAACACUUAAUCCUGUCUUUAACGAGAUACUCAAGAACAAGCUUGAUCGGAGUGAGAUUGGUACUCACGCUCUGUGGCUGAGUGUUUGGGACUGGGACAGGUUUGGCCAUAACCAGUUUUUAGGUGAGGUUCGUCUCUCUCUCUCCACUCUUGACCUCACAGACCCAACAGAACGCUGGAUCACUCUACAGGACAAAGAGGAUGGUGGCAGUGAGGAUGAUUUUUAUCGAGGCAGGCUGCGACUGAGCCUCAAAGUGGAGCCCUCCAUCGACCAAAAGGGUCACACAAGGAAAGGAGUGGCCAGCUUCCUCGUCAAAAUCCACCAGGCACAAGAACUACCCAAAAUGAAUCCUCUAGGCCUCACUGAUGCUACCGUAAAAUGCUACUUACUCCCGAACAGAAACUCUGGGGGAAAACGAAAAACCAAAGUGGUCAAGAACAAUCUCAAUCCAGUCUGGGAAGAGGAGUUUAAGUACGAUUUUCUGACCGUUUCUGAGCUUUCCACAGAGAGAGUACUGGAGGUAACUGUGUGGGAUUUUGAUCGUAGAGGAAGCAACGAUUUUAUCGGUGGUCUACGACUGGGCCCUGCUCCAGGCCGUGCUGCCAAGCACAAAGAAUGGAUGGAUUCUAUUGGAGAGGAGGUGACCCACUGGGACCAAGCCCUGGCACGUCCGGGAGAGUGGGUGGAGCUUUGGCACACCCUCAGGACGACAAUGCACCCCAUGACGAAGCGCAUCUCACCGUCGGCUUUGAGGAAGACUGGACUAAGCCCUGUAAAGGAGAGCCCGACAAGAGAGUGGGAAGUGGAGCGGUCGACGACACCAGCUAUGGUUGAAGGCGUUGCAUUCACACCACCCAUCACUCCACAGCACGGGCCGAGCAUACUCUCACAGUCUCGGGAUGUUACACCCACCAAGCUCGAUCAGAUCGUACAGGAGAACGUUACAACAUCACGAAGUCCGUCACCCCCACCCCCUCAAAUAUUGGUAUCAAAGAUGGAUGAAUCUCUAGUCAUGUCCACCCCUACUAAGAGCAACCUCAAAAGAGAGGACUACCACAGUAGCCAGACCAGUCUCUACAGUGCCGCUGGUGUCAAGGGAGACUAUGACAUCACUGGAGAGGUGCUGUUUGGAGUCCAGUACAAAGCUGGUCAGUUGUUGAUCCAUGUGAACAAGGCCAGAGGACUGGCGGCUGCAGACGCCAAUGGACUCUCUGACCCCUAUAUCAAGACGUACCUCCUCCCAGACAAGAGCAAGACCUCAAAGAAGAAGACAGCCAUUAAGAAGAAGACUCUCAACCCAGUCUACAAUGAGACACUCAAGUACAAACUGGAUAGUUCUGAGAUUGAGAAACACACACUGUGGAUGAGUGUUUGGGACUUUGAUAGGUUUGGCCAUAACCAGUUUCUGGGUGAGAUUCGUCUCUCUCUCUCCACUCUCAACCUCACAGACCCAACAGAACACUGGUACACUCUACUGGACAAGAGUGAUUCACCUAUCAAACUCCAUCUCCCUGUCGAAUCAUCCACAGAACAAGAGUCCCCCCAGACUGAGCUCCUUCACAGCGAACCUGAACAGCCCCCCCAGACUGAUCUCCUUCACAGUGAACCUGAACAGUCCCCCCAGGCUGAGCUCCUCCACAGUGAACCUGAACAGUCCCCACAGACUGAUCUUCUCCACAUUGAACCAGAACAGUCCCCACAGACUGAUCUCCUCCACAGUGAACCAGAACAGCCCCUCCAGUCUGAUGACCCUGUGCUCGACAUCCCUGCUGCUGUCAAAGAUGUCUCCCCUCCUCUUGUAUCGUCAACAUCACUUGUCCCCGAGAUGAGCCAACCUCAGAGUGACCCACCAGGCCCCCCUCUUGUACCAGUCACACCAUUCAUCAGUAUAGGGGAAGCAGGUGCCCUGGAGGACAAGGAAGAGGAUCAUACACACCAACAGAGAGGUGGUCUGAAGAGUGCUGGCAGUGUGGCCAGCUUUGGUAGCCAGACCAGUCUCUACAGUGCAGCUGGUGUCAAGGGAGACUAUGACAUCACUGGAGAGGUGCUGUUUGGAGUCCAGUACAAAGCUGGUCAGUUGUUGAUCCAUGUGAACAAGGCCAGAGGACUGGCGGCUGCAGACGCCAAUGGACUCUCUGACCCCUAUAUCAAGACGUACCUCCUCCCAGACAAGAGCAAGACUUCAAAGAAGAAGACGGCCAUUAAGAAGAAGACUCUCAACCCAGUCUACAACGAGACACUCAAGUACAAACUGGAUAGUUCUGAGAUUAAGAAACGCACACUAUGGAUGAGUGUUUGGGACUUUGAUAGGUUUGGCCGUAACCAGUUUCUGGGUGAGAUUCGUCUCUCUCUCUCCACUCUCAACCUCACUGACCCUGCGGAGCACUGGUACACUCUACUGGACAAGGACGAGUCACAUUCUGUGGACCUCACUCUCCACGAAAAGCCUUCUAGUCCGUCCCCACCCCCUGGACGUGAAUUCCAGAGUACAGUUGAAGCCCCCCAGAAGGAGGUCCGCCAUGAUGAACCACCCACCCCUCCCACCUCAGAUACUCUCCCACUGACGUCUCUUGAGUCUGUCACCCAAUCCGAGGAGCUACACAGUGACCCACCAGGCCACCCUCCUGUACCCUCGGAGCAACACAAUGACCCAGUAGCUACACCAUUCAUCAAUAUAGGGGACUUGGAGACAGCUGAACUGGAGGAACAUGAAGUUCAUCUAAAACCAAAGCCAAAGGGGUCCCUUCAUAGAGGUGGACUGCUUGGUCUGAAGCAAUCCGACAGUAUGGCCAGCUUUGGCAGCAUGGCAAGUGUGUACAGUGCAGCUGGUGGCAAGGGAGACUAUGACAUCACUGGAGAGGUGCUGUUUGGAGUCCAGUACAAAGCUGGUCAGUUGUUGAUCCAUGUGAACAAGGCCAGAGGACUGGCGGCUGCAGAUGACAAUGGACUCUCUGACCCCUAUAUCAAGACGUACCUCCUCCCAGACAAGAGCAAGACCUCAAAGAAGAAGACGGCCAUUAAGAAGAAGACUCUCAACCCAGUCUACAAUGAGACACUCAAGUACAAACUGGAUAGUUCUGAGAUAGAGAAACACACACUGUGGAUGAGUGUUUGGGACUUUGAUAGGUUUGGCCGUAACCAGUUUCUGGGUGAGGUUCGGCUCUCUCUCUCCACUCUCAACCUCACAGACCCAACAGAGCACUGGUACACUCUACUGGACAAGGAUGAAGGUGGAGAAGGUGCCUCCUACCACGGCCAGUUGCAGCUAUCUCUCAUGUUCUCACCGUCAGAGAAGCAGAGCAAAUCAAAGAAGACCAAAGGAACGCUAAACAUUGCUGUGAGACAAGCCAAAGAUCUUCCUCAGAUGAAUUCCUCAGGCACAACUGAUGCGUUUCUCAAAUUCUAUCUUUUGCCCGACAAGAGCAACAGUGGGAAGAGAAAGACGGGUGUGGUCAAGAACAAUCUCAGUCCUGUGUGGGGUACAACGUUUGCUUAUGAGAAGGUGUCCUUGGAAGAACUCUCCUCAGAGAGAGUACUCGAAGUCGGUGUGUGGGAUUUCAACAAAGGAGCAAGUAGUGACUUUAUCGGUGGUCUACGACUGGGCCCUGCCCCAGGCCGUGCUGCCAAGCAUCAUCAGUGGAUGGAUUCUAUUGGAGAGGAGGUGACCCACUGGGAAGCAGUUCUGGCACGUCCCGGAGAGUGGGUGGAGCUUUGGCACACCCUCAGAACUAGUAUGGACUAUAGGAGUGUGUCAUUGACUUAGUGUGCUCUUUUUUUCAUUUAUAAUAUGAGUAUUAGGAUGUUAAGUUUUAUUAAUUAGUGUGUUAAUUGUACAAUUUUGAUCCAAAAAAUUAUUGCAAUAACUUCA